ACAGAGCAAGGCAUGUGGUGCUUGCGGGGAGGUGGGCAACACAGGAAGGGUAUGGAGGAGGAACUGGGCAAAGAGGAGGCAUUCCCUUCCCCCUGCCCUUCUCAUUGUUCCCAACCCCCUGGUCCUUUCUCUUCAGCUCCCCUCAACGUCAUUUGCCAGAGAGGCUGGAUACCAGGGCAGGGUGUGUGGAGGAGAGUGAGGGAAUGAUCAUGAUUGCACCUCCUGCUCACUUUUACACUCUUGUUCUCACUUCCUGCCUCUGGUAUAUAAUAGCCCUGCCCCUCUGGCUUAUCUCAGCAAAGAGCAGUGCCCAGCCCAGCUCAGAGGGCAAUGGGACAGAUCCCAGAGGCCCUGAGGAGGUCUCUGCUGCUGAUGAAGCUGUGACCAAACGCACCCAACCCUUGGCAGUCAUCUGUCCCUGCAGCCAUAGCCCACGUUGCCAUGCCCUCCCUCUGCUUGUUUUGGGACCAUGUCUGUACAGCCUCUAGGCCCCAGCCCCGGAGGUGAAUGCCAUGCCAUGACUCUGGUGUGCCCCAUGGCAUCCCCAGCCUAGCUCCUAUUCCCACUUUGGCACGAUGUUAGCCAACAGCUCCUCAAUCAACAGUUCUGUUCUCCCGUGUCCUGACUACCGACCUACCCACCGCCUGCACUUGGUGGUCUACAGCUUGGUGCUGGCUGCCGGGCUCCCCCUCAACGCGCUGGCCCUCUGGGUCUUUCUGCGCGCGCUGCGCGUGCACUCGGUGGUGAGCGUGUACAUGUGUAACCUGGCGGCCAGCGACUUACUCUUCACGCUCUCGCUGCCCGUUCGUCUCUCCUACUACGCACUACACCACUGGCCCUUCCCCGACCUGCUGUGCCAGACGACGGGCGCCAUCUUCCAGAUGAACAUGUACGGCAGCUGCAUCUUUCUGAUGCUCAUCAACGUGGACCGCUACGCCGCCAUCGUGCACCCGCUGCGACUGCGCCACCUGCGGCGGCCCCGCGUGGCGCGGCUGCUCUGCCUGGGCGUGUGGGCGCUCAUCCUGGUGUUUGCCGUACCCGCCGCCCGCGUGCACAGGCCCUCGCGCUGCCGCUACCGGGACCUCGAGGUGCGCCUGUGCUUCGAGAGCUUCAGCGACGAGCUGUGGAAAGGUAGGCUGCUGCCCCUCGUGCUGCUGGCCGAGGCGCUGGGCUUCCUGCUGCCCCUGGCGGCGGUGGUCUACUCGUCGGGCCGAGUCUUCUGGACGCUGGCGCGCCCCGACGCCACGCAGAGCCAGCGGCGGCGGAAGACCGUGCGCCUCCUGCUGGCUAACCUCGUCAUCUUCCUGCUGUGCUUCGUGCCCUACAACGCCACGCUGGCGGUCUACGGGCUGCUGCGGAGCAAGCUGGUGGCGGCCAGCGUGCCUGCCCGCGAUCGCGUGCGCGGGGUGCUGAUGGUGAUGGUGCUGCUGGCCGGCGCCAACUGCGUGCUGGACCCGCUGGUGUACUACUUUAGCGCCGAGGGCUUCCGCAACACCCUGCGCGGCCUGGGCACUCCGCACCGGGCCAGGACCUUGGCCACCAACGGGACGCGGGAGGCGCUCGCGCAAUCCGAAAGGUCCGCCGUCACCAACGACGCCACCAGGCCGGAUGCCGCCAGUCAGGGGCUGCUCCGACCCUCCGACUCCCACUCUCUGUCUUCCUUCACACAGUGUCCCCAGGAUUCCGCCCUCUGAACGCACAUCAUGCCAUUGCGCUGUCCGUGCCCGACUCCCAACGCCUCUCGUUCUGGGAGGCUUGCACGGUGUACACACAAGAAGGUGGGCUGGGCACUUGGACCUUUGGGUGGCAAUUCCAGCUUAGCAACGCAGAAGAGUACAAAGUGUGGAAGCCAGGGCCCGGGGAAGGCGUUGCUGCUGGAAAUGGCUUCUUUAAACUGUGAGCACGCAGAGCACCCCUUCUCCAGUGGUGGGAAGUGAUGCAGAGAGUCCACCCGUGCAGAGGGCAGAAGAGGACGAAAUGCCUUUGGGUGGGCGGGGCAUUAAACUGCUAAAAGCUGGUUAGAUGGAACAGAAAAUGGGCAUUCUGGAUUUAAACCGCCACAGGGGCCUGAGAGCUGAAGAGCCCCAGGUUUGGUGGACAAAGCUACUGAGAUGCCUGUUCAUCUGCUGACUUCUGUCUAGGCUCAUGGAUGCCACCCCCUUUCAUUUCGGCCUAGGCUUCCCCUGCUUGCCACUGAGGCCUAAUACAAGAGUUCCUAUGGACAGAACUAGAUUCUUUCUUGCAUAGUGACGUGACAAUUUAGACUUGGCAUCCAGCAUGGGGUAGUUGGGGCAAGGCAAAACUAACUUAGAGUUUCCCCCUCGACAAAAUCCAAGUCCAAACCCUUUGUAGGUUAUCCUUUCUUCCAUUACAUCCCCUUUUCCAGGCCUCCUCCAUUUUAGGUCCUUAAUAUUCUUUCUCUUUCUCUCUCUCUCUCUUUUCUCUCUUCUCUCUCCUCUCCUCUUUCUUCUCCUCUUCUCUCUCUCUCCCUCUCUCUCCUUUGUCCAGAGUAAGCAUAAAAUUCUUUCUACUAAAGCAUUGGUUCUCAAACUUUUUGGUCUCAGACCCCACUCUUAGAAAUUGAGGAUCUCAAAGAGCUUUGCUUAUAUUUUGUUCUUUUGAUACUUACCAUACUAGAAAUUAAAGCGAAUACAUUUUCUAAAUAAAUACACAUGCACACAUUACAUUAACCAUGGGAACAAUAAUGUCACCAUACACACUUCAUGAAGCCUCUGGAAAACUCUACAGUACACUUGUGAGAGAAUGAGAGUGAAAGGGACAAAUAACAUCUGUGUAGCAGUAUUAUGAAAAUAGCUUGACCUCGUGGACUUCCUCAAAGGGUUGGUCCCUGGAUCACACUUUGAGAACCAUACUUGUCCUGAAGUAUUGGAGUUCAUGUCUAACUUCUUCCCAGGGCAUUAUGUACAGUGCUUUUUAUUACUGUGGGGAGAGGGCAGUGCUAAAUAAAUUCAUCACUACUGAUA